AGGCCCCGGCGCACCAUGGCCCGCGGGCGGUCCCGGAAGCGGUCCCGGAGCAGCAGCAGCCGCAGCCCCUCUGGGAGCGGACGGGAGAAGCGCGGCGCGAGGAGCGGUGCGGCCUCCCCGGGUCCCCGGCACCGGCCGAGCUCUGCGGCCGCCAGGGAAGGAAGGAAGAAGGAGGGUAGGAAGAAAAAAAAGAGGAAGGCAAAUGCUUCGUCCUCUGACAGUUCGUCCUCCUCCCGCUCCUCAUCAUCCUCCUCCUCCACCUCCUCCAGUGACAGUGACAUGAGAGCGAAGCGGCACGGCAAAAGGAAGAGAGGGAAACACAAAGACAAGAAGAAGAAGAAGAAGAUAAAGAAGAAAUUGAAGAAGUCAAAAGAAAGAGUUAAGGAGGACAGAGGCGUGAGUGAGGCACUGCCCGGCCCUUCACUGGAGCUGUGGCAGAAGGAGCCACAGGUCGACCCUGGGCCAGUUUUGACAGAUGAGCAGAAGUCCCGAAUCCAGGCUAUGAAGCCAAUGACAAAGGAGGAAUGGGACGCGAGGCAGAGUGUUAUCAGAAGAGUGGUGGAUCCUGAAACAGGGAGAACCAGGCUUAUUAAGGGAGAUGGAGAAGUGCUGGAGGAAAUCGUCAGCAAGGAGAGACACAAGGAGAUUAACAAGCAAGCCACCCGUGGGGAUGGGCUGGCCUUCCAGGUGAGAACGGGGAUGCUGCAGUGAGCCUGUGCUGUAGCUGUGCUGGAAACUUGUCUUGCUGCGGGCACAGCCCUGGCGCACUGAUGAGCUGGACCUGCAGGCAGCACUGCAUCGGUACGCUUCCCUGGGGCAGUGUCAUUCAGUCUGUAAGUUACUGCCUGGGAAGGAGAAAGACCUUAAUGGUUCAUCUCCCAUUAAACAGCUUCUCUCCUUCCUCUCAUAACUGGGGCCAGCAUGGCUGUAAUGCUGCUUGCCCUUGUGACCCUUUUAAGGCCUGAGGAGCUCAGCAGCACAGAGAUGCUGAUGCCUUAUCUCUGGGCUUCUGUUGGCAGGAGCUGGCACAGGGUCUGCAGCAGGGCUGCAACACUGACAGCUGCGUCUUCCCUUCAGGGGCUGCUUUUGGUCCCUUUUGUGCUGCUCUGUCUGCCCCACACGCUGAGAACCUGGGGACAGGGGUUUUGCUCACCCAUUGCGUGGAGAGGAACCUUUGCCUUGCUCUCUUCCUGCCCUUUCCUGCAGUGUGGCAGCAAUGCCAUCAGCAGCUUGGGGGCCCACACCCACAGUAACACAAAUGCCUGUUGUUUUCCCCCACUGCAAAGUCCAUACAUCUAUGAACUUUAAAAUAAUAAAAGUGGUUAUAGGACAAAUGAGUGACGCAGGACUGCUCUGCACAAAUUUCCAUGCUCUGUUUGUUGCUCUAACCCCCAUUAAAGUGGCGCUUGCUCACAUCCUGGGCUUUGUGACUUCUGUUUCAAGAGCUUCCCAAAUAAGCAGACGGAGACGAGCCUUCCCAUUUCUUUAAUCUGUGUAACUCACAAUGAUACUGUACACAAAGCACACCCAGGCAUUGGGACGAUGCACUAACAGCAAGGAGGAGAAGGAAGUUGUACAGAAGGUUUGUCACACACAAGCAAGUCGUCUGCACGGCGCUGUAGACGCGGCGCUGUGCCCUCUGGUGGUUCCCCACACACCCACCUGUCGCUCCCCCAGAGCAAUUUUUUAUAAAUAAAAUAGAAUUAACAUCGUUGAAUAUAAAACCGACAGUCGAGGGUAUCAACAGGCUGAGAGGGUGCUGAGGACGGGGAAGGGACCGUAAGGCUUCUAGAACUAAUAGGAAAUGCAGCAAAGUGGCAAUACCUGAAGAAGGGGCUGCUACAGCAAGCACGGCGGCUGCUGGCGGAGCGGCGGCGGCGGUGAGCCUUUGGCUGGUUCCUGGCUCGCGGAUCGGACACUGUAAACGUUUUUGGUAUGAGAAUUUCACCUCGUCUGACGGAGUGAGCAGCCCAGGAAAGUGACUCGGAAUGAAUGCGUGGGCUUUUUUUUUUUUUAUUAAUAAAAAAAAUUAAGAUGUUAAAGGGACAGCGUCAGGUACAAAGUCUGGCCCAAUUGUUUGGGAGUACAAAAAGCUGCUUGUUAGAAAAAUCUGAGCUCCACGGUGGAGUUUGAUUCUGAUGGAAGCAAUGGAAAAAAGAGAGGAAAAGGAGAACAACAAAAAAAAGAGAAGCCUAAGGCAGCCUGCGCAGGGUGUGCUGUGUUGUGCAAGUGUGGGAACAACAUGGGCUGAGCACUGCCCAAAAGCCAGAGGGAGGAGGCCAAGAAACUCUUCAUAGUUUUUUGUUUCAAAGCAAAUGAGUUAUUUGUAACAAAGAUAAAUUAGGUCUUUAACCUGACAGUGCCCCUUUAGUAAGGAUGGAAUAUACGUUUGUGUUUCCCUCCCUGCAUCCAAAUGGAUCCUCUUCCAGACAUGUGGAAAGGCAUUGAGUCACACGCAUCGCUCUCCAAAACAGCUCAGAACAAACAGGUUAUAAACAGAGUUAAACUAUUGCUAUUGUUCUUUGAGUGAGUAGCACGUUGAUCUUUGAAGAGAUGAGUGCCAGAUGGGGGUGGCUGAAGAUAGACUGAUGUAGACUGUGAUGGACUGAACUGGUGAAGAAAACUCAUUGGCAUAUUUCCUGGUAACUACACCCACAUCAUCUGGUAUUAUUGCAGCAAUAAAGGUCCUGCUCUACAA